AUGGCCCCUACCAGGAAGCUGCUCAUACGGGGUGUCCUGCCUAGUAUGCUGGCCCCAGGGGGGCGCACUGCGCGUACGAGCGCAGGUAUAUUCCCCCGAUCCAGGGGACUCCACAGUGGAAGCAGGGAUGUGAAGCAGGUCAAUUCAACUGGUUCGGCCAAUUCAAAUGGUUCGGCCAAGUCGAAUGGUUCGGUCAGUUCAAAUGGCUCGGCCAAGUCGAAUGGCGGGGGCACGUCACCUAGUCCAACUAGCUUGGAAGACGUAAAGGUCACCAAAGAAACAUCCAGCAACGCUCUAUUCGACGAAUGCCUAGAAGAAAUCUACAGAAAGAAAAAGCAAGUCGACAAAAAUAGCGUAGAGUAUGAUGUGUCUCCUGUGAUAGAAGAACUAAGCAGAGAAGAAAUAAAAUUAACUGGUGACAUAUUUAAAAGAAUUAAUGAAAAAAAAAAAAACAUAUCCCAUUUGAAUUAUAAAGAUAUUAUUUAUAUUGAUCCUUAUUGGAAUCCCUUCAAAGAAGUGACAGACAUGAGGAGAGAAAUCGUUUUUGAAUUUAGUGAGUACACUAAAGUGGCUAGCCUGGUGGAGAUGAAAAAGCAAAGGCGAUCUAUUAAGAGGUCACUUAAGGAGCAAUACAGAUUGUAUAACCCCUACUCAGGGGAGUAUAGUUCCCAUUUCGGAUUGGAUAAAGACUCCUGUGCUGGAGAAUCAGUCGUAUGUAAUGACAAAAGUGAAAAGUAUUGGAACCCAGACGUUGAUAGAAAAAAAUUACUUAAUUUGAAAUGUCCCUUUAUAUGGAGACACACUCAUCUGCUGCAUCACUUUAUUGGAGAAAAUGGGCUCAUCUUACCUCGUAAAAUAAAUUUAACUACGAGGAAGCAGCAAAUUCAAAUUUUUAAAGCGAUUUGUGUAGCGCGUAGGAUGGCUCUCUACCCGUAUGAUAGGAAGCCUGAGAAGGACGAUCUCAUCCCCUUGAUGGAUCCUUUGCAACUGCUGGCCGAUGAGUUGAUUCAUCGCUAUGUCGAAAGGAACGACUUGCGAGCUCAGGCCAUGCUAAAGGUCAUGAUAAACAAGUAUUUCUGCCACGAGUCAGGGCAAAAGCAGCGCGGGGGAUCGCAACAGGGAGAAGCACAACCGGGGGAAGCGCAACCGGGGGAAGCACAACAGGGAGAAGCACAACCGGGGGAAGCACAACAUGGGGAAGCGCACCAUGGGGGUGAGUCUCUGGGUGACCACCACAUGGCGAAGAUGCUGCGCAGGUAUAAGGAGAACUACUAUGAGGGAGUAAUGCCUCCACAAGGGCAUACAAAACGGUAA